AUGAUGUUAUUAUCAUCAUUAAAAGUUUGUUUAUCAUCAAGUAUUCGAAACGAGUUGCUUCUAUCACGUAUUCGUCUAAUGAAUACUAUAGCAUCAAAUUCUCAAACUGAAGAAGAUAAUAAAAGUCAAGUAAACACUGGAGUACUCUUACUUAAUAUGGGUGGACCAGAAACAGUUGAUGAUGUAUUUGAUUUUCUUAAUCGUCUAUUUUCUGAUAAAGAUCUUAUCCCAUUACCUGCACAAAAAACAUUAGGUCCAUGGAUUGCUCGUCGUCGUACACCAAGUAUUCAAGAACAAUAUGGUAAAAUAGGUGGAGGAUCACCAAUUAAAAUGUGGACAGAAAAACAAGGUGAAGGUAUGGUUAAAAUUCUCGAUAAAAUAUCUCCAUCAACAGCUCCUCAUAAAUAUUACAUUGGUUUUCGUUAUGUUAAACCAUUAACUGAAAUGGCUCUAGAUGAAAUUGAAAAAGAUCAUCCUAAACGUGUUAUUGCUUUUACACAAUAUCCUCAAUAUAGUUGUUCAACAACGGGUAGUAGUUUAAAUGCUAUUGCAAGAUAUUAUGUAGGAAGAGAAAAAAGUUUAAGAUCAGAAAAAGCAAGUAAAAUAUCAUAUUUUGAUGAACCAAAAGAUACUCAAGUCAAAAAAGAUAUUGAUUGGAGUGUUAUUGAUCGUUGGCAAACACAUCCAGGCUUUAUUCAAGCAUUUGUUGAGAAUAUUCGAAAUGAAUUGAAUAAAUUCCCAGCACAUGUUCGAAAUGAUGUAGUGAUUUUAUUUUCAGCUCAUUCAUUACCAAUGAAAGUAGUCAAUCGUGGUGAUCCAUAUCCAGCUGAAGUUGCAGCAACUGUUCAUGCAGUUAUGACAUCUUUAAAUUUUUCAAAUCCAUACAGACUUGUUUGGCAAUCAAAAGUAGGACCUAGUGCAUGGCUUGGCUGCCAAACUGAUAAUGCUAUUACAGGUUUAGCUAAAAAUAAUCGACGUCAUAUUCUUUUAGUUCCUAUUGCAUUUACAAGUGAUCAUAUUGAAACAUUACAUGAACUUGAUAUUGAAUAUAGUCAACAUUUAGCUGCUAGUGCAGGAGUAGAAAUGAUUCGUCGUUGUGCAUCGUUAAACGAUAGUCCAACAUUUAUUCAAGCUAUGGCUGAUAUUGUAUCAAAACAUUUACAAAGUCAACGUCGUCAUACGACACAAUUACCACUUCGUUGUCCCGGUUGUACAAAUGUGUCGUGCGAACAAAUGAGAAGAUUUUUUUGUUCUCCUACAUUAAAAUCUUAA